AUGGGAAAUUGUCAGGCGGUUGAUGCGGCGGCUUUGGUUUUACAACAUCCAGACGGGAAGAUCGAUAGAUAUUACGGUCCUGUCUCCGUAGCCGAAGUCAUGCGUAUGUAUCCUGGUCACUACGUUUCUCUUAUUAUUCCUUUGCCGGAGACGAAUAUUCCGGCGACUACUGCGACUGAUGAUAAGAGUCAGACAAGGGUCGUGAGGUUCACACGCGUUAAACUUCUCAGACCAACGGAGAAUCUCGUGCUUGGUCAUGCUUACCAGGUUAUGAAGGUUUUAAGAGCGAAGAAGUAUGCAAAGACGAAGAAGCAUCAGAGUGAAAUGACUAAAGAGAAGAAGAAGCCAUUGUUGGAGAAGAAGAUUGAUGAAGAUUCCGACAAGAAUCAGAAUCAUCUGGAAACGAAAGAAGAGAAGCAACGUGCACUCUUAACGAAUUCAGCUUCGUCGAAAUCAAAAACAUGGAGGCCAUCGUUACAAAGCAUCUCUGAAGCUACGAGUUGA